CAGACUGCUGGAGUGCCACUAUAUAACGGCGAUGGCUGUAUGCUCGCUGUUGCAGGCGCCGGAGCGGCGGCGGCGGCGGCGGCGGCGGCAGCGGACCCGGCGCACUCGAGCCCGGCUCAGUGAUCAGUUCUGCUUUCUGUUGCAGGCUAGAUAUAUAAGUUAGGUUGUUCUCGCUGCGGCGGCGGCGGCGCGGCGCGGCGGCGGCGACACAAUGUACUACCUCCUGCUUCCUGCGUCACUCGCUGUCACCCGCGCGCCCGCCUCGCCCGGCACUCUGCCUUGUCGCGGGCCAGUAGCGAAGCACCUCUUCGCCGACGUUCGAACCGAUGGUCUCCGUCGAAAUAGAAAAACCAUCUAACAGAUCUCACUACCGUAUCGACUGAUUCGGAUUCUUUGUACUAUUGUUCGAACGUUCUCAGUCGUCAGUAUGUAUUAUGUAAAGCCCCUAUGAUUCGAGCUCAUAGAAAACAUUCUCGAUGUGGAUACUAAGCCUCGUCCCUACUAGGGCACAUUCGUCGGGCGACAUCGGGUGAUAUCGCCCCUCAUCGCGCAACACCUUUCCCGUGACUUUGCCAUAUAGUUGGAGGAGAAGAUUCGUCGGGUGAAGUCUGGCUGUUCGAUAUUGCCCGAUGUCUCCGGAGACACAUAUCGCUCGAUAGAUGUCCCUAUGUGGGGACGAGACUUUAAGCUCAGAACCGUGGCAAGGCUAUCGCGAAGGAUGUCCUCGUCCUUCGAGCGUGAGUUCGGGCUGGCGCGGGCUCGCGGGUGCGGCGCCGCUGACCGGCUGUGUGUGACUGUUGCAGGCUUCCUGGCCGCGCCGCUCUACGACCUGCAGCAGCUGGGAGACGUCUACACGGCGGCUGCCGGCGCAGGUCCGGGCGCCCGCUGCCCCACGCUGCCCGCCAUCCUGGGCGGCUCGCUGCCGCGCCUGGCCAGCGACCAGGCCGACGCCGUGGCGCGGGCGAAGAAGUACGCCAUGGAGCAGAGCAUCAAGAUGGUGCUCAUGAAGCAGACGCUGGCGCACCAGCAGCAGCAGAUGGCCACGCAGCGCACGCAGGUGCAGCGCCAGCAGGCGCUCGCGCUCAUGUGCAGGGUAUACGUGGGCUCGAUCUCGUUCGAGCUGAAGGAGGACACGAUCAGGCAGGCGUUCCUGCCGUUCGGCCCGAUCAAGUCGAUCAACAUGUCGUGGGACCCGGUGACGCAGAAGCACAAAGGUUUUGCGUUCGUGGAGUAUGAAAUACCAGAAGCGGCGCAGCUGUCACUCGAGCAGAUGAACGGCGUGAUGCUGGGCGGCCGCAACAUCAAGGUGGUGGGCAGGCCGUCCAACAUGCCACAGGCGCAGGCCGUGAUCGACGAGAUACAGGAGGAGGCCAAGCAGUACAACCGCAUCUACGUCGCUUCCAUACACCCCGAGCUCACCGAGGAUGACAUCAAGAACGUGUUCGAGGCGUUCGGGCCGAUCACGUACUGCAAGCUGGCGUACGGGGCGUCGGCGCACAAGCACAAGGGCUACGGGUUCAUCGAGUACGCGACGCUGCCGGCCGCGCUGGAGGCCAUCGCGUCCAUGAACCUGUUCGACCUGGGCGGCCAGUACCUGCGAGUGGGCCGCGCCAUCACGCCGCCCAACGCGCUGGCCGGCCCGCCGCAGCCGCACGCCAUGCCCACGGCCGCGGCCGUGGCCGCCGCCGCCGCCACGGCCAAGAUCCAGGCCAUGGACGCCGUGGCGCACAACGCCAUGGCGCUCGGCCUCACCAAGCUCACGGCCAUGGGCGUGCCGCCCGCCGCCGCGCUGCCGUCGCUGGCCGCCGCGCUGCCCGUGGCGCUGCCCUCGCUGCCCGCCACGCUGCCCACUGCCCUGCCCGCCGCCUUGCCCACCGCCUUGCCCGCGGCGCUGCCCACGGCGCUGCCCGCGGUCAUACCGCCGCCCGGCGUCGUCAUACCUCCCCCGCCAGUGUCGGCGCGACAACCGCAGCCCCCGCUGCCGCCGGAGCAGCCGCCGCUGCCGGCGGGCCCGGCGCCGGGCGCCGACGGCGGCCAGCAGGCGGCGCUGCAGCGCAAGCUGCUGGACAGCUCGCCCGACACGCUGCAGCAGCAGGAGUCGCUGUCCAUCUCGGGCCAGUCGGCGCGCCACCUGGUCAUGCAGCGCCUCAUGCGGCGCCGCGCCAGCCGCGUGCUGCUGCUGUGCAACAUGGUGUCGGCCGACGAGGUGGACGAGGCGCUGCACCACGAGAUCCAGGAGGAGUGCGGCAAGUGGGGCCGCGUGCAGCGCCUCGUCAUCUACAACGAGCGCCAGCACGAGGACGACCACCCCAGCCACGCGCGCGUCAAGAUCUUCGUGCAGUUCUCCGAGCCCGACGAGGCGGGCGCGGCGGCGGGCGCGCUCAACGGGCGCUACUUCGGCGGCCGCACGGUGCGGGCGCAGCUGUACGACCAGGAGCUGUUCGACCACGGGGACCUGUCCGGCUAGCGGAGCGGCUGGCGUCGCUUACAUCGUAAUCCUAUCAUAACUGUCUCAUUAAAUAAACAUUUUUAUUUGUAA